AUGGAGCCGUCCACCUCCGCCGCAGAGGAGACCAAGCCCGUCGUGCUCAUCCUCGACGAUGACGAGGAUCAUCUCAAGUUGCUGCUGGCGGCUCAUCCACCUGGCCGCCUGGGCAUUCCACCUGCUCUGAAUGGUGGAGUCAGCCCACCUUCCAUCUGGGGGCUAGGCGUGCCUUCCAUCAACGAAAUAGCCGAGCUCGCGCCCAACUUCGCCACCGACCCGGCCUACAUCAAGGCUAACGAUCUAGCUCGGGAAGCCACCGCCAAGGUAGCUGAGAUUCAGUACAACGACGCCAUUCCCACCAACGUCAACCACCGAAGCCACGUCAAGAGCAAGAAGCAGUGCCGUACCGAGGUGCAGAACGACUUUCACGACCAGAUCAUCGCCUUGGCAGAGGAUCAUGCGCUGUGGAGCCAGGGUCGAUGGACCAUGCUCGUCAGCACGCAGUCGAUCGACAAUGUCUUUGCUCGUCUCGCCAAGAGUCUCGCCUCGGGUGAGCUUCGCAAACACGGCAUCAUUGCUAUUCGUGCUCGAGUACUCACAUCCGAAGAGAGCACCAUGGCCAAGGCCUUCGACAACUUCAAGCGACCCAAGACGUCGCACGGUCGUAAAAGCAGUGGCCCUGGCGAUUCGCCGAUCCGCUCGGGUCAGCCUCCUCUCAGCAUCGACGUCUAUUUCCGUCCCGUGUGGAACUCGACCGCUGCUCGUGAGGCUCUGAAGGUCAUCACCGAGGUCAGCGGUCGCGUGCCGACGUUCUGCAAGUCGAGCAUUUACUCGCGCCUCGGCAUUCGGAGUGGUCAUUCGCUCAGCAGUCACACGACCCUGUACAAUUCCAAGGCGCUGGCCUCUCCCGCCGAUACGAAGCGCUGGCUGGAGGCGUCCAAGCCUGAGGCCAUCACCAUCGAUGAUGACGAGUCGCCCCCGGCAGGACCGUCGAACAAUGGCAAAGAUUUCACUGCUAGCCCUGAAGCCGCCGAUAGGACCGUCGUCGAUAGCAGCAAACGAGAGCUGGAGCAGGACGGCAAGGAGGAUGCGGCAUCCAAAGCAGAUGAGCCGGCCUCAAAGAAAGCACGCAACGGCGAGGAUCACACUGGUGAGCAGCCUUCUGACAAGACGACGGUUUCAGGCCCCGCUGCACACCUCGAAUCAACCCAGUCGCAGAUCGAAGAGUCGCAAGAUGAACCGAUGCUGCCCUUCCGAGCCACCAUCAAGCCAUCGGAGCAGUCCGCUACCAAGCAGCACCUGCGUUUCCUAGCCGAAGAGAAGAUCGAGGAGCCCAUCGCUAUUGACUUUGCACCGCAAGUCGACGACGUCCCGGAACCAAGCGAGAAGCCUGACAUGAUCACCUCGGACGACGUCACAGGGGCGAUGGAAGAGUCGCAGACUCAGUUGGAGCCAGCUGCGGCUCCGCUUGAGGCGGUCCUCGACGACAAGCAAGUGGAGGCCACGGAUGCUCAUAUCAGCAACGUCAAGCCUAUGGAGCUCCUCAAAGAGGUGGAAGCGACUCAGAAGGAGCUGGUCGAAGCGCUAAAGGGACCAGAGGGCAAGAAGGACGGCGCGGAGGAGGCAGUUUCGGGCACUCAGCCGGUGCAGGACACAGGUGACGGUCAAAUCGCCUCUGAGUCUACGGAAGAGGUGACACGUGAGGAGACAACGUCUAGCGCUCCGCCGAAGCCAGAGACGCAAGACAGCGAGAUGAGCACUCUGCCUCCGGAGGGGAAGGUCCCGGAGGAUGCCGGACCGCAGGCUCCAUCCGAGCCAAAGGUUGAGAUGACAUCCUCCCUGACAAGCGUACCGGAAGACAACAAGGCGAACGAGAGCACCGUCCCCGCUUCGAACAGCCACCAAGCGGCUGACAUCGACACAGUUACCGCCAAAGAGCCUGCCGGCCAGCCGUCUGCAGAAAUCGCACCACAAGCCAAAGGCGGAGCAGUAUCCGAGGAGAAACCCAGUGACGCAGAAGCUUCAAUCCAGCUCGAAGUUCAGGCAGGUCCGCCCGAGGACAAGAUCGCAGUCGCCGCUGAUGAUGCGGUCCGUAGCCAGUCUGAGACCGAGACAGAGGCUCAGCCAGCGGGAAAGGCUCAGCCUGCUCAACAGGCUGAAGCUCACAUCGAAGUCCACGUCGCAAGCCAGGAAGGUCCCACAGUCGCCGCAGAGGUCACGGUUGUGGCGGCAUCUACCCAAGAGCCUGCCGAGCAAGCCAAGGAUGGCACUUCUAUCAGCACGGAUCACGACGCCAAGGCCAUCGCAGAGCCUCCGCAAACCGAAGCAGCUGCUUCCUCCGCCACCGAGCAGAUCAAAGUCGAGGCGGCAAAGACAACCGACGAGGAAACGGUCAAGGCAUCGCAGAAGGUCAAAGCAGAGGAGAUCAUGACUCCGGUUCUCCAGCAGCAAGCCGCCGCCGAGACCAUCGACGACACGAACAAAGCCAACCCUCAAGCAGGUGCCACUGCUGCCCAGGAGAUGUCCCUCGAGGAUCUCAUCAACGAGGACGCCAUCACGGCCUCGGUGAAUCCCAGCCAGAACGCCGUCGAGGUCGAGGCUGCAGCCAAAUGA